AGAGAGAGAGAGAGAGAUAAAACAAUGCCAAUGUAACUGUUAUCAAAAUCAAACAUGAAAUUGUGGAAAUCAAAGAAACCUAUUGGCAGUUGUGUGCCCGGUAAGAAACAGGAGCAGCAACACCACCAACAACAACAACAACAACAACAACAACAACAACAACAACAGCAGCAGCAACAACAAUCUGAGGUCGUUUCCUCCAAUAAGCAAACGACAUCAAGCAACGGCAUUCCCUUGGCGCCUAUGCUAUCCGUUGACCGCGCAAUGAGUCCCGCGCAGUCCGAGGAUUCGGGCCUUGCCCCGGAACGAGGCACAACCUAUGCAACAAUAACACUGCCCCGCAAUGCUCUUCAUUUAGCCAUCACAUUUGCAGAGCGUCAUGAUCUAUCUUAUCCACCUGUUGUGGGCUCCCUCAAUCCAGUGGGUCAUGCUGCUGACUUUCUGGCUCCAGGUGAUCGUCUCCAUCAGAUUGAUGGCAUAUCGACAAUAGGUCUGAGUAAUCAAAAGAUCAUGGCCAUGUUGUGUGCUAAUGGAGGAGUUGUUGAUGCGGGACCAGCCAUUGUGGAGAUUGAGUACUCAUUGCCUGAAUACACAGUUUCCCAAAAUAGUCUCUGUGUUACAUCAAAGUUGGCCCAAAUCACUGUGGAACGGGAGAGUGGUUGCCUGGGUCUAACAUUACGCGGGGGAGCCGACUAUCCGUUGAUUGUGACCCAUGUGCGACCGCAUGGCCCAGUCUAUAAGACGGGUCGCAUCAAGCCAGGCGAUCGUCUAUUGCGAGUGGAUAAUGUCUCUCUUAUUGGAAAAACUUUGGCUGAGGCCCAACAGAUUAUCAAAUGUGGCGGACAUGUAUCGGGCUAUACCAAUCUGACCAUUGAAUAUGAUGUAUCCGUGGUCCAAAGUGUCGAAUUCUCGAUGGGUCCUCUGAUUAUUGAAAUCGAACGACCCAUGAAUGAUAAAUUGGGUUUGGUUCUGUGCAAUUAUUCAACAGUUGGCACCACAUCCAGUACAACGAGUACCGAUAAAUUGGAUGAAGUGACACAAUCGGGCAUCUAUAUAGCCAGCAUAUUGCCAGCAAGCAUUGCCGAUCGUUGCGGUGCCUUGUCUGUCGGUGAUCAGGUGCUAACUAUCGAUGACAAUAUGAUUGAGCAGACUGCCUGUACUCCCGAUGAGGUGAUGACUAUAUUGGAUACAAGCACUGGACGAGGUUAUACACAAAUGCAGAUCAUGCCGGCUCAUGCCUUGGCACGACGUGGUCACACUGCUCUCGGUAGUCCCAAGUAUAGCUUCAGUACUCUGGAAUCACGCAAAUCCACAUCGACGGGUAGGCAAAGGCAGCGAUUUGUAAGGAAAAGUUCAUUGCCAUUGGAGGUGAAUGGCAAUUGCAAUGCCAUUGGAGGAUCAGCAGGAGGAGCAGCUAAUGGAGCCAGUGGUCCAAUUGGCCUGUGUAGGGCGGAGAGUUUUCCCGUUCUUCUCGAUUGCAGCCAGGGUGCUGGAAUUGUUCUUUGCGAGGAGGCCAACAAUUGCGGCCGUGCGGCCGUAAGCAUAGCUCAAAUCCUGAGUGACUCUGUGGCAGAUCGCAGUGGUUGCAUUCAGCCAGGUGAUCGCAUUGUUGCCAUCAAUAAGAUGUACAAUCUGGAUGUCGCUGGCAUGCGGCAAUUGUUGGAACCGGCACGCAGUAAUAAUCCUCCACCAGCCAAUUGGCUAGAAUUGGAGAUUGAGUUUGAUAUGCCGGAUGCAGUUGUCCCCUCCAGUGGUGUAUUCAAUGUGAAACUUCUUCGCACAGGCAAAUGUGGCCUGGGUUUAAGUAUGGGAAAUCAUGGCGGCUUGGUUAUCACGGAUGUCAAAAUGGGAAGUCCUGCCCAUCGCUGCGGUUCUUUGAGAGCUGGUGAUAUUCUGCUAGCUGUCGAUCAGCAUCCAGUCCAGCAUUUCAAUGUCGAUGCCUUGCUCAAGGAGUCAUCUGUGGCCGGUUCGGCCCCACCAAGCAGCAGCACCGACUACACCACCUUGACCAUUAAACGUGUCAAUUUGCCCGAUUUUCUGCCCAGUCCCAUUUAUAGCAAUUGCCAACCCGGCAGCAAUGGUGUCUCCUCCGUAUCGAAUGGCGGCGAUCAUGAUCUAUAUAGCAGUGCCUAUGUGGCAGCUAAAUACGCUGAGGUCAAAUACAAUGACUGCGGCAGCAUUUCACUCAAAUCGAGGACACCGCAACCGGACUAUUUUCGUGGUCCUAGCAUGGAUGAGAACAGUUUGCAAUCGGUUGUUCAGCUGAGACAUGGCGGAUCUGCGGCUACUUCUGCAUCUGGCGGCGUCUGGAUCACAUCGAAUGGUUCAAAUGGUCGCGCCUAUCCGAAUGCUGCUAAUAAUACGCAAAGUCUGACCACAGAAUUGCCCGAAGAGGAGGAUGAUGAACAGGAUGAUGGCCUAGAUGGUCAGCGAUUUGCUGGCUAUGAACUAAAUCGAUAUGCCAGUGUUGACUGUACUGUAUUACCACCGCCCAUGGAGAACAAGGUAUAUGGAUCGGCUGCCAGCUCGAGCAGUAAGAGCAGUGGCAGUAGUUUACAUCAAAUCAUCUUUACGGUACGCUUGGAACCCAAGGGAGGUUUACUGGGCAUCACAUUGGCCGGCAGUGAGGAUAUCACAAAGCCCAUUACCAUUAGUGGUCUAGUGGAAGGAGGCAUAGCACACAAGAAUUCACAGAUUCAUGUGGGAGAUCAAUUGCUGGCCAUCGAUGAACAUUCGGUACAGGGUAUGCCUUUGUCACAUGCCACCAGUCUGUUGCAAAAUCUUGGUGAUCUGGUGGACCUAAAAAUACUGCGCAGUCAUGACAUGGCCAAUGGCCAUUCAUCCCAAAUCCAAACGCCACAGGCCAUCUAUGCCAAGGUGCAGCGACGACCGCGUAGUCCCUCGGCGAAUACAGAGGCAAGCAGCAAUCCUGGCUGCAAAGAUGUUCCAGGCGGAGGAGGAGGAGGAGCAGCAGCGCUUGGUAAUGGCAAACAGCGCAUCUUCCAUGUCACACUUUACAAGGAUAAAGUCUAUGAUGAUUAUGGGUUUUCCGUUUCGGAUGGACUAUACGAACGCGGUGUGUUCAUUAAUCGCAUACGAAGUGGCGGUCCAGCGGAUAUGUGUGGUCAAUUGAAGCCCUUCGAUCGCAUCAUGCAGGUCAAUGAGAUGAAAACACAGGACUUUGAUUGCUGUCUAACAGUGCCAUUAAUUGCAGCUGCUGGCGAUAAAAUCGAGAUGAUUAUGCAACGCACAGAAUAGAGGCAAUAUCUAUAAAUGUUUGUCUAUCUAAAUUUCUAAUUUUCUAUGCCCUUGCAAGAAAGGAUCAGAAGUGGGAAGGAAUCAAGCCUCCUUUUGCCAUAUAAAGUAUAUAUUCUUGAUAUAAGAGUUGACCAUAUAGUCAUUUUAUUCUGUCUGUUCGUCUGGAUUACAGUAUUUUCUUCUGAAACUGUAAAGUUGCUGCUUUUAGAUUUUUCAUGAAGGUUUUUAUAUACAUAUAGCUUUCAUAGGAACGACUAAAUAACUUCAAGUAACUUUUUUCAAUAGCUUUUUCCAGUUGAUUGUCGUAAUAAUUAAUAUAUGCCAGUUCUAUAUACUUAUUAAUGUCUGUGCCAAACUUGAUCAAGAUCGAAUGACUAUAUCACAUAGUUUUCAUAGGAACGAUCGGUCGGAAAAAACGAUAGUCUACAGUUCUGUCGAAUUUCAACAAAAUCAGAUAACUAUAUUAUAAACAGUCAUAUAAAUAUACGAUAAUAUGACAUCCUACUCCGACUUGAGUUCAUAGGUCGUUCCUUCGUGAAAACGUGACCUUGAACCAAGAAAAGAGUAACAGAAAAACUUGCAAGGGUAUACAAACUUCGACGCGAUCGACGUUAACCCCACUGACCCACUGUUUUUUUUUUUUUCUGGUUGUUAAGUUAUGCUAGUUGUAGGUUAAGCAUAGAGUACUAAGUGCCAUUACUCCAACAAAACCAAAAAUAAAUAAAAAGGAAAACUAAUAUAGAGACUAAUUUAGUAACACUUUUACUUUGUCAUCAUUGAAAUGCCUUAUAUACACUGCAAGAAAACAAAAACCCCAAAUAAUUUAAACGACAAUAUUCUAAAAAGUAAACAAAGUUAAUACAAUUAGUACGUAUUAUUAAGAGUAAAAAACAAAAACAAAAAACAAAACUCUCGAUGCCAUAACUUUAGUUGCGUAAACACAAAGAAUAUAUAACCAAAAAGAAAAUAAAAUUGAAGCCCCUUCAAAUUAGCUAAUAGAUUCAUAAUUCUAAUUUAAUUUUAAAAACAAACUGUUUUUUAGCUA